GGGUAGCUGUCUAUAUUUAGAACCGUUCGUUAAAGGCGAUAUAUGAUGCCUCUGGCCGUUAUACAGCACUGGUGAGAAUUAAAACCUUAUGUUUAUUCUGUAUAUCUUAUUCAAGCUGGAAAUAUCACAUCAAUAUAUUGGAAAUCGCUUACAUGGAACAAACUGACGGCGAGGAACAAAUAGUCGAUCAUGGUCAGGAGUCGAACGGUGGGUGGACGGCGCUCCACCUGGCUGGAUACUUCGGCCAAAAGGAUGUCGCGGAGGAACUGCUCAAGGCUGGAGUCGACGUGAACGCGCAGAAUGAUUUGGGCGACACGCCUCUACACCUUGCAGCAGUCUCUGGAAGAAAGGAGGUAGCGCUGUUACUGCUCCGGUAUAGUGCCCGCGCCACAACACUCAACCAAGCUGCUCAGACCCCGAAGGACAUCACAGAAGAUGAUGAAAUCAUCACUAUGCUGGAAGCUGCGGAGAGAAGAGAGGAGAGGAAGAUGGAGGAAAGACUUUUAGGUGCAGCGAAAGAUGGAGACUCCACCACCUUGUCCCAGUUGCUCAGUAAGAACAAACCAAGAGAUAUUCAUUGCAAGGACUCAGAAGACAACACGCCAUUGCACGUCGCAGCCUGCAGGGGGCACACUCAGUGUGUGGCCCAGCUGCUUCAGAGAGGAGCCAGCCCCUUUGUCAAGAACAGGAGGGGCCAGUCUGUGUUCUACCUUGCCAAAGAUGAUGAAAUAAGAUUUCUGCUAGAGAGAAGUGAAGAAAAGGGCACAUGCAGCAUAGCAAAAAAGUUUGAGGGCCUCCUGUGGAAGAGGUCGAAUUUCCUGGGCUGGAUCUCCCAGUGGGUCGUUCUGGGGAAUGGGAAUUUAAGCUGGUUCUCUACACAUGAUGCUCCUGUCCGGCGCUGCCACAGGUCUGAUGCUGUGUAUGCCGAUCGCCAGCUGGGCUGUAAGUCUCUUCACAGGGCUCAGUGUGUGGUGAAACCUUGGGAUAAGCAUUUUUUUACAAUCAAGUGGCCCGAUGGCAGUGCCGAUCACUUCAAAGUGUCCUUGAGAUGCUAUGAACCGGAAACCACUAGGAAAAAGUGGGUGGAUGCCAUCAAGGAGCACGCGUCCGCCGGCGCUCCCCGAGGCAGGCAGGAGGAAGGCGGCACGCCGGAGGCUGUGGGGGACCAGGCAGCUGAGGAGGACACGAUUGUAGGAGCCUUUUCCCGCUUCUUGCAGGCAGCUGAGAGCUACCAGCGGCACCUGGACUGUCAGGUGGAUGUCUUCGUCUCAAUGUCCCAAAGUGCAGGUGACAUUGGUCCUAUGCUCCUGAAGGCCAGACACAUAAGCGAACUCUGCAGUGAGACGAGCUCAGUUCUGAGACACUGCCUGGAUCUUCUCUCUAGUCAAGAAGAGGUGUGGAGCGUGAGGCUGGAACAGGAGGUGGAGAAGAACAAGAUCCUGUCCGAAGCUCUGCAGACCUUGGCGACUGAGCGGCAGUUGCUCGAGCGGGCGCUCGCCGACGGCAGGAAGUCUCCGGCGCCGAGCGCGCUCACGGAUGAUGAGUUCUACGACGCUCUCUGCGGUGAGUACAGUCUCCGUCGGAGGACACACCUGGUCGGCUGGACCCGCUCGCUCGGCUCGGCCUGUGAGCCCCUCCCUGGGCCCGCCAGCAUGUCUGGGGAUUGUAGCCAUGGUGACAAGGCCCACCAUAAUGGAGUCAAGAAGCACAGAGGAGCUCUUCCUGCUCCCAUGUUCUCCAGAAACGAUGUCAGCAUCUGGAGUAUCCUCAAAAAGUGUAUUGGCAUGGAACUGUCUAAAAUCGCCAUGCCUGUCAUCUUUAACGAGCCGUUGAGUUUCCUCCAGCGGCUGACCGAGUAUAUGGAGCACACGUACCUCAUCCACCAAGCCAAUGCCUCCACAGACUCCAUCCAUAGGAUGAAGUGCGUGGCCGCCUUCGCAGUGUCAGCCGUAGCCUCGCAGUGGGAGCGGACUGGCAAGCCCUUUAACCCUCUGCUGGGGGAGACCUACGAGCUGAUCAGAGAGGACCUGGGCUUCAGGUGGCUGUCAGAGCAGGUGAGCCACCACCCACCUGUGAGCGCCUUCCACGCAGAGGGCCUGAAGGACGAUUUCCUCUUUCACGGCUCCAUCUACCCUAAGCUCAAGUUCUGGGGGAAGAGUGUGGAGGCGGAGCCUCGGGGCAUCAUCACCCUGGAGCUGCCCCAGCACAAUGAAGCGUACACCUGGAGCAACCCUACAUGCUGCGUCCAUAACAUCAUAGUGGGGCAACUGUGGAUCGAGCAGUAUGGCAACGUGGAGGUUCUAAACCAUAAGACUGGGGAAAGGUGCAGCCUGACGUUCAAGUCAUGUGGCCUCUUUGGUAAAGAGUUACACAAAGUGGAGGGUUACAUAUACGAUAAAAGCAAAAAGAAGCUCUGCGCCAUUUACGGCAAGUGGACGGAGUGUUUGUACACGGUGGACCCGACCUCGUUUGACCUCCACAAAAAAGCAGACAAGAAGGAGGAGAAGAAAGGCAGCAAACAGAGCUCUGUGGAUGAGGAACCUGAGGAGAUGCCUCCUCCUGAAGUCGAGACCGUGGAGGUCAUCCCAGGCAGUGAGCUCAUCUGGAAGAUAGCGCCCCGCCCGGAGAACUCCGCUCAGUACUACGCCUUCUCCACGUUUGCCAUGCACCUGAAUGAACUGGACGAGGACAUAAAGGGGGCGAUCCCUUCCACGGACUGCCGCUUACGGCCCGACAUCCGUGCCCUGGAGAACGGAGACAUAGAUAUGGCCAGUGCUGAGAAGAAGCGGGUGGAAGAAAAGCAGAGGAUGGCUCGGAAGAACCGGUCCAAAUCCAGCGACGAGUGGAAGACGAGGUGGUUCACCCAAGGCACCAACGUCCACAAUGGAAGCCAGGACUGGCUCUUCUCCGGCGGCUACUGGAACAGGAGCUACUCCCAGCUACCUGACAUAUACUAA